AGUUUUUUAUUUUAUUUACGGCAACAUGGCGGAUAGGCUAACGCAACUUCAAGACGCUGUCAAUUCUCUGGCUGAUCAGUUCUGUGAUGCCAUCGGUGUUCUGCAACAAUGUGCUCCACCUGCUUCCUUCAGUAAUAUUCAGACAGCAAUCAACAAGGAUCAGCCAGGAAAUUCAGCCGAAGAAUAUGCACGGCUAUUUGCCGCUCUUAUUGCCAGAACAGCCAAAGAUGUAGAUGUACUGAUCGACUCUCUGCCCAGUGAAGAGUCCACAGCAGCCCUGCAGGCGGCCAGUCUCCGGCAGCUGGAGGAGGAGAACCACGACGCGGCAGCUCGUCUAGAGGAGGUGGUUUACCGCGGUGAUAUGCUGCUGGAGAAGAUCCAGAACGCCCUGGCUGACAUCGCCCAGUCUCAGCUUCGCACACGCAAUGGAGCUCCCAGCCAGCCAUCACCAGCAGAGUCUUGAUCCACGAAGUGAAGAUACAGACAUUUUUACCUGUUUGGCUUAAGUUUUCCAUCAAAUUCUGGUCUGAGAACUGCUCUGAAUGUGUAUGGAAGAAACAAACACUGGACACUAAACAUCUUAUUUUCAUUAAAGUAAAGGAUUAGGGUUUUACAUGAAAGCUGCAAUUUUUCUGCCUUUAAUUUAUUUGUUCUUCAUAAAUUUAAAGGUAAACAUUUGCCCAAAUCCAACUCAUACAGAAUUAAGUCAAACACACGUGAAGGGCUGUUUGUAAAGAGUCUGGACCAUCAUGCUUUUUAGGAUUUUUGUCUAUUACAUGUUGUACAUCUCGUUUGUAUUCUGUUUUGGUUUAUAAACUAUUUAAAAGAAAUGUUUUCUUUUUCAUUUUAAAGGCUUAUAGCUUACUGGAAGUUAUUGUCCAUUUUUUCAUGAACAUUACCUGAAUAAAAAAGAUGGCAAACGCAUAA